GGAGCCUGUGUGCUGACAGAGCUAGAGCCGGUCUGUCAGUCUGGUGGUGUCAUCGGUCUGGAGCUGAUCCAUCAGCAGCUGGGCAGGAGGGACAUACAAACACGGUGCUUGGAACUCAUCGCGUCGCUUGCAGCUGCACGUACCGACUGCAGCAACACCGAGGGUUUCUAUUCCCAGCUAUAUAAAGCACGGCGGCUCUUUCAUUCACCGCAGUCGCAGGGUUACAGUCUGCGGGAGAAGCUGCACCCAGUGCCCAGAGGAGCUCCGGUGCCUCUAUGUGGCACACACACGCAGUACUCGGGAGAGAUACACAGCCAGUGUAGGUAUCGCACACGGUGCCCAGGAGGCGCAAACAGUCACCCGUGGGCUGCGGCGAUCUGCUUCAGUUCUCUGGGCCUGAAACUACUGCCUCCACCUGGCUCCGUCCCGGGCAGUCAGUCCUGAUCCUCCGCGCUGCCAGCCUGGGAAUCUGCCUUCAUGCUCCCACACCAUGUCUGGCAAGCACUACAAGGGUCCUGAGGUCAGCUGCUGCAUCAAGUACUUCAUAUUCGGCUUCAAUGUCAUCUUCUGGCUCUUGGGAAUUACAUUUCUUGGAGUUGGUCUGUGGGCAUGGAGUGAAAAGGGUGUGCUGUCCAACAUCUCUUCUAUCACAGACCUCGGAGGCUUUGAUCCUGUGUGGCUGUUUCUGGUAGUUGGAGGAGUCAUGUUUAUCCUGGGCUUUGCUGGGUGCAUUGGGGCACUCCGGGAGAACACUUUCCUGCUGAAAUUUUUUUCCGUGUUUUUGGGAAUCAUUUUCUUUCUGGAGCUGACGGCAGGAGUUCUUGCCUUUGUGUUUAAAGACUGGAUUAAAGACCAGCUGCAGUUCUUUAUUAACAAUAACAUCAGAGCCUACAGGGAUGACAUCGACUUACAGAACCUUAUUGACUUCACACAGGAAUAUGAGGAUGUAAUAAACACACAGUGUGGCUAUGACGUCAGACAAAAGCCUGAAUUGGAUCAACAGGAGACUAUUCACACAAAAGGCUGUGUCCCACAGUUUGAGAAAUGGCUGCAGGACAAUCUCACCAUCGUGGCAGGCGUGUUCAUAGGAAUUGCGCUUUUACAGAUAUUUGGAAUCUGUUUAGCACAGAAUUUGGUGAGUGACAUUGAAGCUGUCCGAGCCAGCUGGUAGAAUUAUUACCCUGAAAACAAAGCGCAGUGGGAAAGUGAUAUUCUGCAUAGCCUCACAGCCCAGUAUUACUGACUGGUUCUGAGGGUCAGAGCCACAAACCUAUUUACUGUUUGUCAUUCAGACAGGUUUAGUGAUCUCUUCUAUUCUGGAAACUUCAGGAAUUGUGCAGCAUGAGGACACUGAGACAGCAAAUGAAGAAACGAUCAUCUGCUAAUUAUUUCACUGUAAGAUGCAUGUCAGUAACUGAGGAUCUAUGUGCAGCCUGUUUUAUUUCCAUUAAUAGCAAACAAUUUUCUACACCGAUGGAUGACUCUAGGCUGGGGAAGCUUCAACCGGCUUUCUAUUAAACGUGGUUACACAGCUCCCAGCAUCACUGACAGCCCCAGGCUCUAACUGGACACAUCUGACCUCAACAAGGCAAGAUGGAUGUAUAAACUGUGUUCCACAAACUGGCACAUUUCAGACUUAUUUAUAGGCCUCUCUUCUCCCUGCCAGAGGUUGGGCCUUAGGUGUUUUUUUAUUUACCUGUAUAUUGAGUGGCAGAUGGGUGAGUGCAAUAUAUUCAAAUGGUGGAUUGUGGCUAAAUGUUUCUUUGCAGUGUAUAAGUGUUGUCCUAUUACUAUAUAAUUUUUACUUGGGAAAAAAACAAACAAAACUUUACACAGUUGAAUUUUUAAUGAAUUCUCAUAUAACUGAAUUAAAGUUUUGUUACACUUUACGUUGCUUUUAUUCCUUGUUACAUUUCAUUAAGUGUAUUAUAGGUAAUAUAACUGGAUCCGUUAUAUGUGGUUGUAAUAUUUCCAUCUGUCCUAUUUUGAUCUGAAAAAAAAUACAUUUUUGGUUUUGCCAGGUUAUCAGCUUUAGUGCAGAGUUGUUAACAAUUCCGCUGGGAACAACAAAAUCCGCCAAACUGUUCUACUGUGUCUGAAGUGCAGUGGGUACCUUAAACUGGUUUAAAGCUAGUCUCCUAUAUUAUAAGUGUUGGUUUUUUUUUUUGCUUUCAUCCUUCCAGAUGGUUUCAGUUGUGUAUCAGUACAAUUGUAUUAAUUUGGUGUCAUGUCCUUCCACGCCUAUCUCUCCUAAUGGUUUAUCCUAGAUCUGUCUCCCCUAGUGUAUUAUUAAAAUAUUACCUGUUUGUAUAAGUAAUUAUGGAGAAUACAAAGUAAAAAUAUAGUAAGGACAAAAUAAAAGUUUACGGGUGAGGGGAAACACAGCAAUGGGAAACACAGAAAACUGAAAUAUAUUUACAGAAGAAACAGCAGAAUGCAUGCUGCAGAAAUGGCAUUGGGCAUCAGGCAAAGACAGCAGAGGGUAAUGGGUAACAUUAAAGCACAUAUUAAGAAGCAAUGAGCAAGGUGCUACACAACACAAAAGAAAAAUCUGAAAUACAGAAAUAUGAUGUGAGUAGCGUAAUGUGAGUGGCACAAAGAAAUAGUCUGAAUCUUUUCAGUCUGUUACAAUUGGUCCUUUAGGGUACAGUCCAGAAAAUCAGAAAGGAACAAAGCAAAGCCAGGUUGGCUCCAUUUUAAUGUGGUUUAGAAUUGUUUAUGCUACAGUCAACCCCUGAUUUUAUGUUUCCUGGAGGGGGAGGAAAAAAAUAAAAUUAAAUUCAGUAAAUCAUAAAAAUAGGGUUUGCCUUUUUAUGUAAAAUGUUAACAAUCUAAACAUGACUAACCUUAGUUUAAAUUUGAGUGCCAAUCUAAUAUGGUCUGUUUAGAACUCCAUAAAUUCAUAUACAUAUACACUCACAGCAUUCAAAAGUUUGGAAUCACUCAAAAAUAUGUAUGUUUUGUGCAAUGUCAUGGCAUUCCCCAUGAUCAGCUCUUGAUCCCUGCAUAUGGGGCAACAAUCCGAAGCCUACUUCUAAGCUAUGCAAAACAUAUUUGGGGAAGAAGCAGAAAGACAGAAUACUGUCUGAUGGACUGGCCAGCAAGAUCACCAGACCUCAGCCAUAUCAAGUAAGCAAGCAAGCAAGCAUCAGUGUAAGGUCAGAGAAAUAUUCUAUACAAGCCAGUCGCACCUCUGGGAACAGCUAUAAAAGACGUCGGUAAUUCCCCCGAAAGGUUUUAAAAAACUGACAGGUGGACUCCCAAAGGCCUGCAAAACUGGAACUGCUGCAAAUGGAGAAUUCUUUGAAUAAUGGAGAGUUUGAUGAAUGGAACAGUUAUAUUAAAUAAAAAAAAUAUUAUGACA